CUGCACUCUGUCUUGACGUAAUUCAGCGAUUCAUACAGGCGGACUACGUCUCCCGUCAUACCUAGCGGCACAACUUGCAAGCGGCCAGGAAAUUGCGUCAGGGUGGCUUUUGGUCGUUAGCAACCGUUGCUGGGUGCCGAGCAGGCCGACGCGGUGCAGGAGGAGAAGGCCUGGGGAAUGAUCGAAUCUUUAGUAUCAUAAUGGCUACUCCUUUAGACGAGACUGCUGCAGAUCUACCAGUAAAAGACCUUGGACCAAGUCUUACAGGAAUUGGAAUAACGCAAGAGCCUUCAGCUGCUAAAAGUGUCAAGGCCCGGCAGUCAGUAUCCCGAAUCACUCGCGAAGAUUUGGAAGACAGAUAUUUACGCAUACACGAUGAAAACUUCCUGCUUAAACAGCAUGUACGAAAACAAGAGGAUAAAAUCAAAAGGAUGGCUACAAAGUUGAUCAGGCUGGUACAAGACAAGAAGAAAGCUGAGCAAGGGUCGAGUGCUCCAAGACGAUCUGGUAGGGAUGUUGAAUUGGAAGAGAUGAUAGAACAAUUACAGGAGAAUGUCCGUGAGUUGGAGAAGCAGAAGGAAGGCCUACAGAACCGCCUGAUAGCAGCCAAGCAGCAACUACAAGUGCAGGGCCACAGACAUACUCCCUACAGCUUUGUACAGUCUCGAAUUGAUACUGGUUUGCGCAAAGUGACUGAAGCUGUUUUUGCACAGGAGAAUAUUCGCAGGGGAAUGAGAAUGCCUGAUUCAGAGAUGAAUGCUAAAUCGACACCCGCUGCUCUUCCACGAUAUGGGCAUAACUUACUGGAGGAUGCCAGGGCAGAGAUAAGAAAUCUAGAAAAUAUGGUGGAAUCCCAGCGGAGUCACAUAGAAGAACUAGAGCAUACAGCAGAUGUACUCCGAGAUGAGUUGCGAAGGAAGGAAAAGGAUUAUGAGGAAACAUUUUUACAGCUUAGAGAGCAUCAGUCUUCAAAUCAAAGGACUACUAUAAAAGACAAUGUUGUAAUGAUCCAGCUCCAGAAACAACUCUUAGAGAAAAGCAUGGCAUUAACUGAGAUGGAAAGCAAAUUUCACUUACUUCAAGAGAAUCUGAAGAGUAUGAAGUCUAGCCAAGCAACCUUUCUGAGUGAAGUCGACAGUCUGAACAUUCAGCUGAAGGAAGAACGUCUAAAAGGCUUUCAGCUUGAGAAACAAUUGCAAACAAGUGAUUUUUCCAAAAGAAAGCUAGACGAGCUACUUGAUCAAAUCCGUGACUUGGAGAAAGAACGAGAUCUCUUAAAGGAAAAUUAUGACAAGCUUUACAACAGUGCGUUUGAUGUCAGCAACAGUCACGAGCAGAAAACAAAGAUGAGAGAACAGCAAUUGAAGAUCCAGAUUGCUCAACUGGAAGCUGCACUAAAAUCUGAUUUGGCUGACAAAAAUCAAAUCCUUGACAGAGUCAAACGGGAAAGAGAGCGUGCAGAGAUGUUGGGUGAAGAAAAUCGGAAACUUCAGUUGCGUUAUCUAGAACAGAAGCAGCAGCUAGAUGAAUUUCAGAACAAACUACGAUUUUUCACCAAGGAGAGUGAUGUGGAUGUGGCUGAACUCAGCGAGGCUCUUAUGCUAAUAAAGGCUCGCAAACAGCAAAAAACUGGCGAACUGACGUUUUUGAAAAAAGUCGACGAUGAUGUUGGCAAAGACUUGGAGAAGACAAUGAGGGAGCUACAGGCAAGUCAUGCGGAGACUGUACAGGAAUUGGAGAAGACUCGUAAUAUGCUAAUCAUGCAGCAUAACAUUAACAAAGAUUACCAGGUUGAAGUAGAAGCAGUAACUCGGAAGAUGGAGAGAAUACAACAGGAUUACGAGUUAAAAUUAAAACAGUAUGCACACUUACUAGACGUCAGAGCUGCUCGCAUUCGCAGGCUUGAAGCCCAGUUGAAAGACAUUGCAUAUGGAACCAAGCAAUUCAAAUUCACACCAGACAUAACGUCAGAUGAUGAUGUGGUCGAGUUUGAUGAGUCUGUGAAACUGGAACGUGGCGAGAACCUCUUUGAGAUCCACAUUUCUAAAGUGACUUUCUCUCCAGCAGCUAGUCAAAGCUUUGGAGAUCAGGAGCCUGCCACUUUCUGUACAUAUGCUUUCUAUGACUUUGAGAUGCAAACAACCCCUGUAGUACGUGGCAUGCAACCUGCAUAUGACUUCACAUCCCAAUAUACGGUACACGUUGACGACUUUUUCCUGCAGUAUGUUCAGAAGAGCACAGCAAGACUGGAGGUGCAUUUGGCGUUUGGCACAGACUAUCAAACCGUGGCAAUGUGCCAGCUUAGGUUUCAUGAUAUUCUGGAAAAAAGUGGACGUAUCUUUAGUAGUGCUAUGCUUGUAGGACUUGACAGUAAGAUUCAGAAUUAUGGUACAGUGGAGUAUUGGAUUCGGUUAAGGGUUCCCAUGGAACAAGCUAUACGACUGUAUAAAGAGAGGGCCAAAGCCUUGGGAUACAUUACAUCAAACCUCAGGGAACCAGAACAAAGUCAGAAUUCCGUUAGUAGAGCACAAUCCAUGUUGUCUGCCCCAACAGACCAGAACCUUAAUGAGCUCUACGUUACUGUGAAAAGCUGCAACAAUCUGCAGGCAAGAUCUAACACACACCAGCCUUGCCCCUAUGUGGCCUACACUUUCUUCCAUUUUAGCGACCAUUACACACCGAUUAUCACCAGUAGCAAUGACCCACAGUUUGAAGACCACAUGUCCUUCCCUGUGUCAAUGAACAGUGACCUAGAUCGCUAUCUGAAAUCCGAAGCUCUUGCUGUCCAUGUCUUUGAUGACAAGGAAAUGAGCGAUGCAUACCUCGGAAAAGCUAUUGUGCCUCUUAUCUCCCUUGCUCAUAACAAAUGCAUUGCAGGGACGUUCGAGCUGAUGGAUAACAAUAGUGAAGUCAGAGGUACCAUAAAUGUUACGCUAAAAUGGAAGGAGACUUAUCUUCCUCCAACUGAUUCAAUUAUAACGGCACCAUUAUUUGAUGAGCUACCAAAAGAAACACCACUUCCUGUCCGUUUACUCGAAGAACAUGAGAUAAAGACUCCUAAUCAGGUGCCUACAGUGCCAGUUUCACAUGUACCACAGCCAAAGCCAAGGCGAAAGAAAGCUUUAACUGAGAAAAAAGUCUCCUUCAUUGAUACAAAUCUUCAAAGCCUGAACCCCAUUGAUCAGACUGUUGAAGAUAAUACCUCUACAAAGGUUAAAACUCCAGCAACUGUCUUAAAUAUCCAGAAGAUCAUGCAGGCUACACCAGCAGAAAAUGAAUUGCUUAAAAGCACAGAGACAGAAUCUCAGCAUGAAAGAGAAGAUUCUUCUCAGCUUUCUGAGGGACAAUUGGAAUCGCAAAGCUGUGAAUCGUCAGACGAUGAAACUGAAGUAACUGAAGAUUUAGAAACCGAAGAUCAUGAUGGGAAGCAUACAACUGAUGGAAAUGAAUCUACAGCAAGUGACAGUGACGAUUCUAUUAUAGCAAUAGCCAAAGAGGUGAAGCCGCCUUCUGAAAAAAUAUGUAUUGAGGUCAUCUCACUGAGUCUAGAAGAGGGAUCUGAAAUUGUUAAGAAUGACACAAUCCAAAGGCUGUUUGUAGAAUAUAGAUUCUGCAGUCUUCCAGCUGUGGAAACUCCAGUAUCCCUGCAGAAGCCUACUAAAGGGAAGAUCAUCUACUACAACGAUAGCAAUGUUAUUCAUGUGGAUAAAGAAAAUAACCAAUCAAACAGAGACAUCAUAAGAUCUGCAAUACAUGAUCCAAAUCUUGCCAGUGUGAAAUUUACUGUAGUCAGUGACCCACCCGAGGAUGAGCAGGACAUGGAAUGCGAAGAUGUCGGCUUUGCUCACAUUGACCUACAAGAAAUCGUGCAGAGCGGCAAAGAUAUCAUCAACAGAAGCAUUGAAAUUUAUGAUGCACAAACUGGUGGUCAAGUAAUCGGGAAGAUGACCGUAACAGUGGAGGCUGCAGUGGCUCUUCAGUCGAUUCUUUUAAAGUGAAAAGACUUUCAAAUAUUAUUUACUGCGUCCUGUGUAUUUUUUCAGUUUCUGAUCACAUUUUAAAUUUUCAUACUUAAAGUGACACUAUAGUCACCCACAAAUUUUAACUUAAUGAAGCAGUUUUGUAUAUAGUUCAUGCCUCUGAAGUUUCACUGCCAUUUAGGAGUUAAAUAACUUUUGUUUCUGUUUAUGCAGCCCUAGCCACACCUCCCCUGGCUUUGACUGACAUAGCCUGCAUGAAAACAAAAUGGUUUUAAUUUUCAAUCAGAUACAAUUACUUUAAAAGUUUUUAUCUCCUACUCUGUAAAUUGAACUUCACUUACAUACUAGAUCUCCUACAGGGUUGAGCAUGCUAUUAACAGAGCAGUAGAUAAAAAAUUCUAACUCAAAUAAAAUCUGCAAUAAAGGAAGUGUAAACAUUAGAUGACUCUGUACAGGAAGUGUUUAGGAAGGCUAUGUAAGUCACAUGCAGGAAGGUGUGCCUAAGGCUGCAUAAACAAAGUGAUUUAACUCCUAAAUGGCAGAGAAUUGAGCAGUCAGACUACAGGAGCAUGAUCUAUACACGAAAACUGAAUCAUUAAGCCAAAGUUGUUUUGGUGACUAUAAUUAUAAAAAUGACUUAGUAUUCAUUUAGAAAAAAUAAUCCAAUACAUAUCAUUUUUGGGAAAAUCUCACGUUUUUCUGAAAAACAAAUUCUAAAUCACUAGCUUGUCAAAUUUUUUUUAAUAAAACUAUUUAUUUUUUAUAUAUGAUGCACAUUAAGAUUAUAUAUUUGUGUUGUUCCUUCUAAAGAAGAAAUGGAGCACCAUGUGUGUGAUAUAUUGAGUGGUUGUAUGCUGAUGUUUUAAUUUAUCUCCCAUAAAUACAGUUUUGUGUGUUUGCAGAUUAAAAAAUUCCAAUAAUAAAUACAUUGUUUUACAAUAAAAAGAAUGCCUUUAUCAUAA